UUUGACACAGAAUAAAUAAAAUGAUGCAUGUCAAAUAUCGACAACUCCAAUAGUGUAUGAGUACAUAUGACUGUCAGGUUAGUGGAUGUUUUGAUCAUUUACUUUUCUUUUCAUAAAUGGGAUUUGGAAAAAAAAACAACCAAUUGGUUUAUUUUGAAAUAUUAUUUUUUAAUAUAUAUAUUUCCUGUUGCAAAAAUUUUAAUCACCACUCAGAAGAACAAAACAGACAUAUUUUUUUUAACAUAAAUCCUGACGUGUUAAGUGUUCAUUUAAAAACACAUUGAUCCGUAAUAAAAGCGCUCUGUUUCAAUUGUAGUGUUUGUAUUUCAAAAUAGAAUUCACCAAACUGACUGUGGCUGUGUCAAUGAUUGACACGUCAUUACAACGCUGACAGCCAAUGGGCAGCAGACCCCGCCUCCACAAUUUAAAGUGUCCAAUAGGAGGAGUGACAGGAAGUCUGACCUAAAGGGUGUUUCAUAAGGAAAUGGCGGUGGGAACCAUUUCUGUGUAACACCAAACAAAAGGAGGCUUUUAAAACACAUUUCCGUCGAGAAAAACAAAGUGGCCAACGAAGAAGGUGACAACAACUUCCACCCACGGACUCGCUUUGCACGAUCGAGGUCCCAGAAUGCUCUCUGCACUGCUGACACAUCCAACACCUUGGAACACAAAAACCUGCUGAUGAACUUUAACAACCUGGAAGAAAUCCUCGCUGAUGAACUUCCUGUUCCUGAUGCACCUGAUGCCAUGGAGAGGACUGCUGUCAGGCUGCGGUGUCUGGUGCAGCAGCUGGAGCGAGGGCAAGCAUCCAUGGUGGACUUGAAGAACAAUCUAGAAAAUGCAGCUUCAGUCCUAGAAAGUUUGUACUUUCAGGAAAACAGACGUUUGUCGGAGCAAGAGGACGAGCUGAGUGAGAUCCAAUCAGAGACAGUUCCAUCAGAGGUCCGUGAUUGGCUGGCGUCCACGUUCACGCGGCAGAGGCGUCGCUUGCUGCGGCGAUUUGAGGACAAACCUCGCUUCCGCAGCAUCGUGUACGCUGUGCAGGCGGGCAUCUUUGUGGACAGGAUGUACAGAAGAUCGUCCAACAUGGUGGACCUGAACUACCCUCCAGAGGUCAUCACUGUACUCAAACAUGUGGACAGCUGGUCCUUUGACGUGUUUGCCCUGAAUGCUGCCAGUGGAGAUCACGCUCUGAAGUUCAUCUUCUAUGAGCUUCUCACCAGAUAUGACUUGAUCACCCGCUUCAAGGUUCCUGUGUCAGCUGUGAUAUCGUUUGCUGAGUCACUGGAGGUGGGCUACAGCAAGAACAACAACCCGUAUCACAACCUGACUCAUGCUGCUGACGUCACACAGACCAUCCACUACCUGCUGCUCCACACUGGCAUGUUGCACUGGCUAACCGAGCUGGAGAUAUUUUCCAUCCUGUUUGCAGCAGCCAUCCAUGACUACGAACACACCGGAACCACUAACAACUUCCAUAUCCAGACCAGGUCUGAGACGGCCAUGUUGUACAACGACAGAGCAGUGCUGGAGAAUCACCACGUGAGCGCUGCUUACCGCCUCCUGCAGGACAAUGAUGACAUGAACAUCCUGGUCCACUUCUCCACUGAGGACUGGAGGGAAUUACGUAACCUGGUGGUGGAGAUGGUGCUGGCCACCGACAUGUCUUGUCACUUCCAGCAGAUUAAAGCCAUGAAGAAUGCACUCCAGCAGCCCGAGGUGAUCGACAAACCCAAGGCCUUAUCGCUGCUGCUGCACACCGCUGAUAUCAGCCACCCCGCCAAGUGCUGGGACCUCCACCACCGCUGGACCACCUCCCUCCUGGAGGAGUUCUUCAUUCAAGGCGAUAAAGAAGCAGAGUUGGGGCUUCCUUUCUCGCCUCUUUGUGACCGAAAGUCCACCAUGGUGGCUCAGUCUCAGAUUGGCUUCAUCGACUUCAUCGUGGAGCCCACCUUCAGCGUGCUGAGCGACAUGAUCGAGAGCAUCGUCACGCCGCUCAUCCAGGACGCCGCUCGCUUGGGAUUGGCCGACAUCCGGCGCUACAGCGUCGGCGAUGACACCAAGUGGUCUGGCGGGAAAAGUGCGGUCUCAGAGAACAGCUGCCGUCUGACCAACGUCGACUUCAGGAGCUUCAAGGUCACCUGGAACAUGCAGAUCCAUGGCAACCGAGAAGCUUGGAAGAUGCAGGCAGACACAGGGCCUGAAGGAGAAGAAGAGAGCCAUCCAGUGCGUUCCUACCAAAGACCAAGUUACUGCAUCAGAUACUACAGGUCAAAGGUCAGCAAGACUCAGGCCAUCCAUGCAAGAGAAAAAGCGAAAAGACUGCAGAGCAUUUCUUUGCGCCAUAGAAAGACUUCCUAAGCUAGGGAAUAUGAUAUAUAUCUAGUACUAUAUACCGUAUCUACACCAGUACUACUUAUCUAGUACCAUAUACCAUAUUUAUACUCUAUACCAGUACUACUUAUCUAGUACCAUAUACCAUAUUUAUACUCUAUACCAGUACUACUUAUCUAGUACCAUAUACCAUAUUUAUACUCUAUACCAGUACUACUUAUCUAGUACCAUAUGC